AUGUCGGCUGGGCGGUGCUGGAUUUUCCUGUUAUCCUUAGCUUCCACUGUCACCGGCUUUACCGAAGUAAGAGCAGGUAGGACCUUUGUAGUGCUAUAGAUCGAAACAAAUAAAAAGGAAGUUUUAAGACUACUAGGAAACUUUCUGUUUAGGACGAUAACAUCGUGUUUUGAGGCUGAAAAUUGUACCUUAUCUAUGAUGCUUCUAGAUAUUUUGUGUAGAGAAAAAGUGACUUAUAUAGAUAACUAAAUAUAAAUAUUUACACCAAGUUUAUGGCCGAAAAUGUAUGGUUCAUUCCUUCGAAUUUGUAGCUUGUUGUUUUUUCAGUCUAUUCCGGAAAACAAAGCUGAAAUUCUAACAAAUAAAAAAUACUUCCUUCAAAAAACCGAAUGAAAAGAGGAAAAUUCCAUGAGAUUCAACCCUGUUCGAAAGAUAAUUGGCUUUUUCAUUUGUAAACGUUAGAUAAAUUCUAAUCAUGAUAUUUACAUAAUCCUUACGGUUCUAUUUUAAUAUUACUUAUCUACCUUCUAAUCACCCAAAAAAAUAUUUCACGAAAGAUUUAAAUGAAAAGAAGAACUUUAAUAUUUGUAUGUUUGUAUCGCUUGUCUCUUUGGUGUGCACGCAUUCGUAACAGACUUCGAAUGUCAGCUGAUUAUUUUUUUCGAAACGGAUCGGAGAAAACGAAAGAUAUGAAGCCAGUUGCUUUAGUUUAAAUGUUUCAAAGAGAUAAACAAAGUUAAUCCUUUUGAGGUCUUCUUUAAAAAUUUGAAUGUAAAUUUGUGAGAGAACUUCUACCAAACGAAAUGACAACAGCACUUAAUUGCUUUCAAUUUUUAAUGUUUACAGGAGUUUUCCUUUAAACUAAGAUUAUUCUGAUUUUUUGUAUCUAUGAAUGAAUAUAUUUUUUGAAUAGGUUUUCUAAAAUUCUCAAUGAAGCCAUAUUUCCCACCUUGCAAUGAAAGAAAAAGUUAUUGACAGGAAAACAAGUAUUUAACAGCGAAUUAUCUGUGUAAACCGCAAAAGAGAUUUAACACCUUGUUCGAAAAGCUCGAACGCGCCAGAUCUCUAAGUGGACGCCACAUUCAAAGACGUAUUUUGGAAGUGUCAUAUAUUUUUACUGAAAAAAAAGACGCUGUGCACGCAAGGCAAAUAUUUCUUGUCAAGCUCUCCCUCGAAAAGCAUAGAUUGAAAAAUAAAUUUUUUUUAUGAAAAUUUCCUUCGUGUGAAAAAAGGACCAACAAGAAAUUGUACACAGACAUUUCCAAUUAAAAAAAGCUUACAGCUGGCUAGUUUAGAUUGUGUAAACGAUUCUGGAAAUUAUCAAGGAAACUGAACAGGGUGUAACGGAAAUUCUGUUUCGUUAAGAUUUUCUCUUGUGACAGUCUCCCUACAAGUCUUACGUCAUGGGAAACUCAGUAGAGUUGUAUGGCUGAACCAUCUAAAAUAUUUUGUAUCAACUGAAGUACAGAAUUAGCGAAGUACUUUUGUCUCCAUGACAAGUAAGGUUUCGUGUGUUGUGAAAAGGACUAAAAAAAACCAAUUGUUUAAAAGACAAAAAUUUUGUUAACUUUCUCAUGAAAGGAAAUUGCCUUUCGUCGAUUUUUUUUUUAUAUCUAUUAAAAGUCAUUGCUUUAUAUAGGGAAUUGCAUGUAACACUCAAAUAAUCAUACAAAAUGACAAGUGGAAAACUGUAAAUGAAUGAGUAAAUGAAGCAAUAAACAGAGCAGUUUGUAGGAAUGCUUAUUAAUGAUAAUGAUAUUAAGCUCUGACGAAGGGCUAACGCUCGAAACGUCCGAUCGGAAACUCUUAACGGUGGCCAAUUUACGUUAACAACUCAGUUGAUAAUACUAAAUUACCCUUUUAUUCUCUCCCAUUGACGCAGCACCACAGUUUCUUUGGAAACCGAAACCCUUGAUAAUUAUAAUGGCUGAGUUUUAAGUACUAAAUAAGGAGCAGUCUUCGUUGCAUGAAAAAUCAGUAAACUCGUCCUUCUCCCUUACGAUGUUUAGUACCAAUUCAUCUUGUUAUCUUUAUGAUAUUGAAAUCUAACUUGCAGAAAUAGACCGAAGAAUUGUCCGCUCAACGUACGUCUGCGAAAAUGACGUCAUGCACUUGAACUGCUCACCUAAAGUUCUUCGGAUUGAGGGUGCUGACUUUGGUGAAUCAUCGGCUAGUAUAUGUACCAAAGGAGAAGUUUCAAGUCAGCGGUGUAACCUAUUAGAGGUGACUAACAUAUUGAAGACCGCAUGUGACAACAAGAAAAACUGUUCGAUCACAGCAUUGGAGAAGAUAUUUGGCGAUCCUUGCAAAGGGGUGAACGUCUCUAAACAAAGGAGUUCAUCUGCUUAUCUCAACGUCUUGUUUGCCUGUGGUAAGAAAAUUUCACUUUUGUCAUUGCCAUGGGUGGACCUAGAGCGGGAGAUUGGGAGCCUUAGCUCUUCGUUUUUUGAUAAGAAAAUUAUAUUUUCAACGUCAUUGUGCAGUCACACCAUUUAUUGUAGGUAUGGGGCCAACAUGACUCAAUCCCCUUCAUACAGUUUCGUUGUUCUCUGUCCUUGAUCAUAGGUAAUUGCUUAUUAACGUACAUCUUUGUGAUUUAGAUACCCCAUAUCUCUAAGAUGUCUCGUUUAAAGACCCCUAACCUUUUUCGUUAUCCUUCUACUCAUAUUUUUCAUUUAUAUUAGCUUCGAUACCUUAGUUAUAACCCUCUUAUUCUAAAAAUCCCCUCAGUAAAACCAGUGAGCAGUAGGAAGUCAACAACAAGUAAGACAACCUUCGCACAACCAACAACCUUCAUUUCAACUGCUGAGAACAAUUCUGUCAACGCCACUAACUCCACUGCUCCACCGAUGAACAGUACUGCGGCGGCGAACAACACUCAUACGCUGCCUUUGACAACAACAAAGCCAAAGACGAAGUCAGACAAAGAAAUACCUGUAUUUGAUCCAAGCGUGUCAGUGUAUCUGGGAGCGCUCUCAGGCUCUAUGCAUGUACCGAGUUUUUCUUCUUUGGGUUUACUUGCCUGGAUUUCCAUAUUUAGUUUUUUUAUACUUGGUAUAAUCAACUCUUAUUGCUGAUACAAGCCAGACGUAUUCAAACGUAUUUAAACCUUCUUGCCCGCCGAAAAAUCAUUAAUGCAGAUAAUUUCAGACAUUUUUUGUCUCUCUAACAACUGAUAUGACGUGACAAAGACAAUGAGGGCGCUCGCCACAUGUAAGAAUUGAUCAGCCAGGCUAAACAAUUACAUUUGAAUUAGCCUUAAUGUGAAUAGUUUUCCCUGAUUUUUACAUAAGGCCAAUAACUCCAUCUUGCGAAUAUUUCUGAAAAAUCAGAUCUUUACGAAUAGAUCUCAUCUAGCCAGCCUACGCCAACCAGUUGCAACCGGUGUUAAGCGCCUUUUGCAUCGUCCUAAGAGUUUGUGGAGUGUAGAGAGCCGUUUGCUGGCCUUUUUCGAGUGUCGUUUCCUCUAUAUAUAAUCUAGUCAACACUAUAAUUUACUCUAAACGCAGAUUGUCUCCCAGUUCGAUGUGAAUCAUAGGCAAGAGGAGAUGCCUCGGCUAUGGCUCAUAUCAUGCUAAAUAGUGGUUGUAAUCAAAGGUAAUUACGCUGAAGAUGUAAUUCAGAAAUGCUUGCUUUCGUGCAGAUGCAAAAUUUUUCUAGUUCUAGUUCUGCGAUCGUUUUCAAUUGCCAGCUAUUGCUAUGAGGUAAAGGGAAAACUUCAAGGAUUUCAGGUAAAAGUAGGUGAAUUUUUUUGGUAUAAUGAUCCAGGAUGGUAAUAAAGGUUUGUAGAACACUGGAAUCAGGACUCCUAUGUCAUGUUCCAAAGGGCAGGAUAUUGGACACUUCGAUUACUUAUACCAUCAUAUGUAUGUAGUACUACAUUUAACUUUUAAAGUUGGUAUAAUCAAGAUCCUUCCCUUUCCGAAGUGUUUUCAUUGUCAUAGGUCUCACGCCAUUUAAUGCUAAUGUGGAAUAAUAGUUUGACUGAUAGCUGGAAGUUGCAUUACUUUAGACUAAGCUUUAGGCGUGAGAGACUAAUUAUUCUCUUUUAAGGUGAAAGGGUGUAAACGAUUUAUCUGGAAACAGUUGAGCUCGGAGUAAGAGUGCCGAUGAACGGGAAUGUGAAAACAUUUCAGUGAUUAAUUGUAUUAAAACGAAGGAAUCACAAGAUCUUAGUUCUUUAGGUGAACUGUCAGAGAAAAAAAAUUCUUAAGACACGUCGUUGAAAGAAUUUCCAAAUGAGAAGGACAAGAAAGUGGCAAACGAUUCGAGAAAAUGCAACGCAAUCAUGGAUGAGAUACGGUUCC